AAGCUGGUGCCAGAUGGGACCCCUGAGAAGAGCCUGCCCUUCGAGGACCCCAACACACGGCACCUGGUGCGCGAGGUCUCCCUGAAGGAGCCCCGAGUGUUCAACCCCAGUGGCUCGGUCCGGAUCAUGGCUGUGGACUGCGGCCUGAAGUACAACCAGGUGCGAUGCCUGUGCCAGCGUGGAGCAGCUGUGACCGUGGUGCCCUGGGACCACCCCCUGGACAGUGCAGAGUUUGAUGGGCUAUUCAUCAGCAAUGGCCCAGGAGACCCACAGUGCUGCCAGGAGACUAUCGCUGGCCUGCGCCACGUGCUGGCUGCACCCCAGCCCAAGCCUGUCUUUGGCAUCUGCCUGGGGCACCAGCUUCUCUCGCUGGCCGUUGGCGCCAAGACCUACAAGAUGAAGUACGGGAACCGUGGGCACAACCAGCCAUGCAUCCAUGAGGACUCGAAGCGCUGCUUCAUUACCUCUCAAAACCACGGCUUCGCAGUAGAGCCAGGCAGCCUGCCUGCUGGUUGGGCCCCACUCUUCACUAACGCCAACGACCGCUCCAAUGAGGGCAUCGUGCACAACACCAAGCCCUUCUUCAGUGUUCAGUUCCACCCCGAGCACCGGGCAGGCCCCAGCGACCUUGAGGGCCUCUUUGACAUCUUCCUGGACACAGUGCGAGACCUGCGUGCCGGGAGCCCAAGCCCCAAGACAGUGCGGGAACGUCUGCAGCAGUGGCUGACGUACAGCGAGCCCCUGGCAGGUGGCGACUCAGCCCGGCCGCGCAAGGUGUUGAUCCUGGGCUCGGGGGGUCUCUCCAUUGGCCAGGCUGGGGAGUUCGACUACUCUGGCUCGCAGGCCAUCAAAGCCCUGAAGGAAGAGAACAUCCAGACAGUGCUGAUCAACCCCAACAUCGCUACGGUGCAGACCUCCAAGGGCCUAGCUGAUAAGGUGUACUUCCUGCCCAUCACCCCAGACUAUGUCACCCAGGUGAUCAAGAAUGAGCGGCCAGAUGGGAUCCUGCUUACCUUCGGGGGCCAGACGGCGCUGAACUGCGGGGUGGAGCUUACCAAGGGCGGCGUGCUGGAGCGAUACUGUGUGCGGGUGCUCGGCACACCCGUGGCCUCCAUUGAGAUGACCGAGGACCGCAAGGUCUUUGUGGAGAAGAUGGAGGAGAUCAAUGAGCACGUGGCACCCAGUGAGGCUGCAUUCUCCCUGGAGCAGGCCCAGGCAGCAGCUGAGCGGCUGGGCUACCCUGUGCUGGUGCGCUCAGCCUAUGCGCUGGGGGGCCUGGGCUCUGGCUUCGCCAGCAGCAGGGAGGAGCUGACAGCACUGGUGAGCCAGGCCUUCGCCCACACGUCCCAGGUGCUGGUGGACAAGUCCCUGCAGGGUUGGAAGGAGAUCGAGUACGAGGUUGUGCGCGAUGCCUACAACAACUGUGUCACCGUCUGCAACAUGGAGAACCUGGACCCGCUGGGCAUCCACACGGGCGAGUCGAUCGUGGUGGCGCCCAGCCAGACGCUGAACGACCGGGAGUACAACAUGCUUCGGCACACAGCCAUCAAGGUGGUGCAGCACCUGGGCAUCGUGGGCGAGUGCAACAUCCAGUAUGCAUUGAACCCCGAGUCUGAGCAGUACUACAUCAUCGAGGUGAACGCCCGGCUCUCCCGCAGCUCGGCCCUGGCCAGCAAGGCGACUGGCUACCCCCUGGCCUACGUGGCAGCCAAGCUGGCGCUGGGCAUCCCCCUGCCUGUCCUCAGGAACUCAGUCACCAACUCCACCACGGCCAACUUUGAGCCUAGCCUGGACUACUGCGUGGUGAAGAUCCCACGCUGGGACCUCAGCAAGUUCCUGCGUGUCAGCACCAAGAUUGGCAGCUCCAUGAAGAGUGUUGGAGAGGUCAUGGCCAUCGGGCGCAACUUCGAGGAGGCCUUCCAGAAGGCACUGCGCAUGGUGGACGAGAACUGUGUGGGCUUCGACCACACUGUAAAGCCGGCCUCAGACGUGGAGCUGGCAACGCCAACAGACAAGCGGAUCUUUGUGCUGGCAGCCGCUCUGCGCGCUGGCUACAGCAUUGAGCGCCUGUACGAGCUGACACGCAUCGACCGCUGGUUCCUGCACAAGAUGAAGAACAUCACAGACCACGCGCUGCUGCUGGAGUCCUACCGCCAGGGCAGCCCCAUGCCACCUUCCGUGCUGCAGAAGGCCAAACAGCUGGGCUUCUCCGACAAGCAGGUGGCCCUUGCUGUGCUCAGCACAGAGCUGGCCGUGCGGAAGAUGCGUCAGGACCUGAAGAUCCUGCCCGUGGUGAAGCAGAUUGACACGGUGGCGGCUGAGUGGCCGGCACAGACCAACUACUUGUACCUGACCUACAAUGGCCGUGAGCAUGACCUGCCCUUCCGCGAGCCCCAUGUCAUGGUCAUCGGCUCCGGUGUCUAUCGCAUCGGCAGCAGUGUUGAGUUUGACUGGUGCGCCGUCGGCUGCAUCCAGGAGCUGCGCAAGAUGGGCUUCAAGACCAUCAUGGUGAACUACAACCCCGAGACAGUGAGCACUGACUACGACAUGUGUGACCGGCUCUACUUCGAUGAGAUGUCCUUUGAGGUAGUGAUGGACAUCUAUGAGCUGGAGAGCCCCGAAGGCGUAAUCCUGUCCAUGGGGGGGCAGCUGCCCAACAACAUCGCCAUGGCGCUGCAUCGGCAGCAGUGCCGCAUCCUAGGCACCUCUCCUGAGGCCAUUGACUCUGCCGAGAACCGCUUCAAGUUCUCCCGCCUGCUAGACACCAUUGGCAUCAGCCAGCCCCUGUGGAAGGAGCUCUCUGACAUGGAGUCGGCCAAGCAGUUCUGCUGCAAGGUGGGGUACCCAUGUGUGGUGCGCCCCUCCUACGUGCUGAGCGGUGCUGCCAUGAACGUGGCCUACUCAGACAGCGAUCUGGAGAAGUUCCUGUGCAACGCUGUGGCCGUGUCCAAAGAGCAGCCCGUGGUCAUCUCCAAGUUCAUCCAGGAGGCCAAGGAGAUUGAUGUGGAUGCUGUGGCCUGUGAUGGGGUGGUGGUGGCCAUUGCCAUCUCAGAGCACGUGGAGAACGCGGGUGUGCACUCGGGCGAUGCCACCCUGGUGACACCCCCCCAGGACAUCACCCCCAAGACGCUGGAGCGCAUCAAAGCCAUCGUGCACGCUGUGGGGCAGGAGCUACAGGUCACAGGGCCCUUCAACCUGCAGCUCAUCGCCAAGGAUGACCAGCUAAAGGUGAUCGAGUGCAACGUGCGCGUGUCCCGCUCCUUCCCCUUCGUCUCCAAGACACUGGGUGUGGACCUGGUGGCCCUGGCCACGCAGGUGAUCAUGGGCCAGGAGGUGGAGUCUGUAGGGCUGAUGACCGGUACUGGUAUCGUUGGUGUCAAGGUGCCACAGUUCUCAUUCUCACGGCUGGCGGGUGCAGACGUGGUGCUGGGUGUGGAGAUGACGAGCACGGGCGAGGUGGCCUGCUUCGGGGAGAACCGCUGUGAAGCCUACAUGAAGGCCAUGCUCAGCACUGGCUUCCGCAUCCCCAAGAAGAACAUCCUGCUCACCAUUGGCAGCUACAAGAACAAGAGUGAGCUGCUGCCCACGGUGCGCACACUGGAGAGCCUGGGCUACAACCUGUAUGCCAGCCUGGGCACCGCUGACUUCUACACCGAGCAUGGCAUCAAGGUGAUGGCCGUGGACUGGCACUUUGAGGAGACCGAUGGCAGUGAGACAGGCACCAAGAGCAUCCUGGACUACUUGGCAGAGAACCACUUUGAGAUGGUCAUCAACCUGUCCAUGCGCAAUUCGGGUGGGCGCCGCCUCUCCUCCUUUGUCACCAAGGGCUACCGUACACGGCGCCUGGCUGUUGACUACUCCGUACCUCUCAUCAUCGACAUCAAGUGCACCAAGCUCUUUGUGGAGGCACUGGGCCAGAUUGGGGCAGCCCCCCCGCUGAAGAUCCAUGUGGACUGCAUGACCUCCCAGAAGCUUAUCCGCCUGCCAGGACUGAUUGAUGUGCAUGUGCACCUGCGCGAGCCGGGGGGCACCCACAAGGAGGACUUUGCAUCGGGCACAGCAGCUGCGCUAGCGGGGGGCGUCACCAUGGUGUGUGCCAUGCCCAACACCAGCCCUGCCAUCACUGAUGCUGCCUCCUUCGCCCUUGUGCAGAAGCUGGCUGAGGCGGGUGCGCGCUGCGACUUCGCCAUGUAUCUGGGGGCCUCAUCGGACAACGCCAGUGCCCUAAGCCCCAUGUCUGGUGUGGCUGCUGGGCUCAAGAUGUACCUGAACGACACCUUCUCUGACCUCAGGAUGGACAACGUCUCGCUCUGGAUGGAGCACUUUGAGCAGUGGCCGCGGCACCUGCCCAUCGUGGCACAUGCAGAGAAGCAGACAGUGGCCGCAAUCCUCAUGGUGGCCCAGCUGUACCAGCGCCCUGUGCACAUCUGCCACGUGGCCCGCAAGGAGGAGAUCCUGAUCAUCAAGGCGGCCAAGCAGAAGGGCAUCCAGGUGACAUGCGAGGUGGCACCGCACCACCUCUUCCUGUGCCAGGACGACCUGGGGCGCCUCGGGGAGGGGCGUGGGCAGGUGCGGCCCAUGCUGGGCACGCGCGAGGAUUUGGAGGCCCUGUGGGAGAACAUGGACGUCAUCGACUGCUUCGCCACUGACCACGCCCCGCACACGGUGGAGGAGAAGCUGGGGAAGCAGCCGCCACCAGGUUACCCCGGGCUGGAGACGAUGCUGCCGCUGCUGCUGACAGCAGUGUCUGAGGGGCGCCUCACCAUCGAGGACAUCGUCAAGCGCCUGUAUGAGAACCCCCGCAAGAUCUUCACCCUGCCUGCCCAGGAUGACACCUAUGUUGAGGUGGACCUAGAGCACGAGUGGGUCGUCCCCAGCUGCAUGGCCUUCACCAAGGCCAAGUGGACACCAUUUGAGGGCAUGAAGGUGAAGGGGACAGUGCGCAGGGUGGUGCUGCGUGGAGAGGUUGCCUACAUUGAUGGGCAGGUGCUGGUGCCCCCGGGCUAUGGCCAGGAUGUGAGGAAAUGGCCCGCGGGAGCCGUGCCUGCCCCUGCUAAGGAGAUCCUGAAGACACCAGAGCGGCCCCGGCACACGGUGCAGAGCGAGGCCCUGCGCAGCCGCGCUUCCAGCCCCCGCCGUGCGGGGCCCAUGGGUGAUGGGCGCUUCCACCUGCCGCCCCGCAUCCACCAUGCCUCAGACCCUGGCCUGCCAGCGUUAUGGAGGCCAGGAGCCCUGUGCCACACAGCCACCCCAGCUGAGGACUCCAGAGAAAAGGCCGUCAAGAAGGCAUCUGAGCCAGAUCCUGCCGGGGUCCUGGACAGCUGCUACCCACCAGGGCCCGUGCCCAGACAGACAUCGCCCCAGACUGUGCCCCACCUACCGACCUCCCCGGUGCUGCACCCCCUCGUUGGCCAGCAUGUGCUCUCUGUCAAGCAGUUCACCAAGGACCAGAUGUCACACCUGUUCAACGUGGCACACACCUUGCGCAUGAUGGUGCAGAAGGAGCGCAGCCUGGAGAUCCUGAAGGGCAAGGUCAUGGCCUCCAUGUUCUACGAGGUGAGCACACGGACCAGCAGCUCCUUUGCAGCCGCCAUGUCGCGCCUGGGGGGUGCAGUGCUGUCCUUCUCCGAAGCCACGUCCUCGGUGCAGAAGGGCGAGUCCCUGGCUGACUCGGUGCAGACCAUGAGCUGCUACGCGGAUGUGCUGGUGCUACGACACCCCCAGCCAGGGGCUGUUGAGCUGGCCGCCCGGCACUGCCGGAAGCCCGUGAUCAAUGCCGGGGAUGGGGUUGGAGAGCACCCAACGCAGGCCUUGCUGGACAUCUUCACCAUCCGCGAGGAGCUGGGUACUGUCAACGGCAUGACGAUCACCAUGGUGGGGGACCUGAAGCACGGGCGCACAGUGCACUCGCUGGCAUGCCUGCUCACCCAGUACCGCGUCAACCUGCGCUACGUCACACCACGCAGCCUCCGCAUGCCUGACGACAUCAUCCACUUCGUGGCGUCCAAGGGCAUCAAGCAGGAGGAGUUUGACAGCAUCGAGGAGGCUCUUCCUGACACAGAUGUGCUGUACAUGACCCGCAUCCAGAAGGAGCGAUUUGCCUCCACACAGGAAUACGAGGCGUGCUUCGGGCAGUUCGUCCUCACCCCGCACAGCAUGACCAGGGCCAAGAAAAAGAUGGUGGUGAUGCACCCUAUGCCCCGUGUCAACGAGAUCAGCGUGGAGGUGGACUCAGACCCCCGGGCCGCCUACUUCCGGCAGGCAGAGAACGGCAUGUACAUCCGUAUGGCCCUGCUGGCCACUGUGCUGGGCCGCUACUAGGCCCGGCCCCGCAGCCAGGGCCAGAGCCAUGGCCCAGCACCGGGAGCAGACCGGAUUGACCGUGGGACCGGGACCACGACCAGGACGGGGAUGGGAAGGACUGGAAAGGGGGGGAGGGGCGCUCGGGCCACAAUAAAGCUCCUC